AUGGCCGUCUCGCCGCUGGCUCGGCAACGGCCCGGGCCCUCUCCGUCCGGAUGGGAAGUCGAGGUACAGAGCCAGGGCAUCCGUAGUCCUCGGAACCAACAGCCCUUUCGCGAUCAGCAGCAGCAAUCACAGCAGCAGCAGCAGCAUCAGCAGCCACCGCCGCAGCAACCACAGCGCCUCUCUUCGUACCUCUCGGCCAACGAAGAAUGCAUCUCUUCGACCCCCGUGCGAUCGCCCAGUCAGCUAUCGGCCCGAAGCAAGAGCCCCUUUGACAUGCGCAGCAAGGCACACCCACAGGAGAGCUCAUCCACAGACAGCAGCGCAGACAGCACCCAGCCCCGCUCCGGCGGCCUCACUGCAGCCUGGACGAGGUUCAAGGCGAGGAACAAGUCCACCUCGCCCUCCAACCCUUCGUCUGCGCCGCCGGCGACGACGUCCUACGCACACCUCGUGGACGAACGUCAUCCUUUUCCCGCUCGUCCAGAGGAAGAGGCUCAUCGCUCCCCGGGAGGCGACGCCCUUUUGGCUCGCUCCGCAGCCGCCGCUAAGCCGUCGUCCCGCCCUUCUUCGCGGGACAAGCAGCCGUACCCGCCGCCAGCCGCCUCGACCGGCACCAGCGGGUCCUUCUUCCGCGGCCGUACACCCAGCCUUCGCCGCAGAAACAGCUCUGGCAAGGCCCUGUCGCUCGUCUCCAGAGAGCCCGCAGAAGCGGAUCGCGAGAUCAACGCCAGCACGCCGGAUCGUCAGCAGUUUUCCCCGUCCACCGCCCGCACCCUCCCGCCAUCGGGUGCAAAUCUUGCCAGCGCACAGCCACGGAUGGGUGCCGACGUGGGUGAGCCAGCCCUGCCUGCCAACUCGCCCUCGAGCCUUUCUCGCUUCUUUGGGGCUCGGAAGAGGGCGACACCGACUUCCACAUCUCUGGGCAAGGUCGCCUUGCGACCGUCGCUCGACGCCACGGCCGCGCUCUCCGCCUCGCCGUCCUCGCCACCCCUCGCCAUCAUCUCGAGCGAAUGGCGAGCACCAAGCCCGGUUGCCCCCGGCCAGGGCUCCGCCGCACAGUCCAGCAGGUUGCAGUCGGUAGACAGGCUGGAGCAACCGGGCUCAACCGCUUCACAGGCUAGCCGGAAGGGUGCCCUCGAUCGCGUCUUUUCGUUUCCCGGGCGUCCCUCGCUCACAGAGGAGCGGACAGAGGCAGCAGUCCCCACACCUGCAGGGCGACGCACUACGCCAUCGACGUCGACGACGGCAAGGUCGCGGCACAGCCCUGCCCUGUCGGCUCCCCUUGACAUGCUCGGCGGCGCACAGCGGCUGGCACAAGCGCAGAACGCAGACGAUCCAAUCGCCGACCCGGCCACCGCUUCGCAUGCCCGGACGAUGUCGAAGCCCUCGUUCUCCCACUCGCGGAGGAGCCGUAGUCUGAACAAGCUGGCUUCGUUCUUGACCGGAUCCUCCUCCCCCCUCGAUGCGAAUGCGGGCGCUGACGGGUCGGAGCCGCACGAUGCAGACAAGCGGGACCCGAAGACGUUUUCCCCUGCACGGCGAGGCAAGGCUACCGAACCGCGGCGUCCGUCGACGGCCGACAUGCUCCACCGGGCGUCGGAGGCUUGGCCAAACGCAGAGUCGCCGCAAGGGCAGGCCAAGCCGCUCGCACGGAAACCGAGCCUGCGAUCGCGGCUCCGGAUGCCCAGGCUCAACAGCACCAGCCAGGUCGCCCGUCCCUCGACCCCGGAGAUCGAAAGCUGGAAGCAAAAGGCCCAGGUGACGACGGAAGCGCGGCCGCAGCACGGCAGAAGGGCCAGCGUGGACGCAGCCACACAACUUCGUCAGGAAGCGCCGCCCGUCAAGAUCACCCGUUCCCGCAGCAUGGUUCGUCGCAAGCCGCCGCCGGAAUUCAACCUGCAAGAGCUGACUUCAAGCUCGCCGCUCAGGACCUCGUCUGAGCGGCCUUGUAUUCUGUCGCAAAAAGCGCACCCCGCUGCCGAAAGCAAGAACAGCGCUGAGCCCGAUGAUGCCGCCCUCGUCCCUUCAGCACCCACAACGUCGAGCUUGCCCGCGUCUGGGCCUCCGCCUACCGCAGUCGACGAGACCCGUGCUCUCGAUGCUUCGUCGGCACCACUCGACGGCACGGUCAAGCCCUCUCCCGACCCUGCGCCUUCGCUGCAAGAAGCCACCGCGUCCGCCGCUUCAGCGGCGAGCGAAAGGACGGGUGCACCAUCACCGCCCAUGCCACAAGCGAAGAGCGCUGCAACGCACGAGGCGCCGGCCACAGGUGUCACCCGACCUGUGCUGGAAGCCACCCCACCGACGACCGCUUCCACCGGCUUACUGAGCGUAUCCGAGCCUGGGAAAGCCCGCGUGGCCUCCUCAGCCAGCAGCCUCAAGCCUCCGAGCCUCGCCGAUGUUUCCGCUGAGAGCGAGCGGCCGUGGUCUCUGAUCAGCGCAGGAGAAGCGGACACGCCCCUGCUGAGGCUGCGCAAGCUGAUCGUCGACACCAACAGCUCCGGCGAGUGCGAUGACGAGGAAGACGGCUUGUUCUUCCGCCCGCUGCCGCGUUCCACCGACGAGCAGUCGCGCCUGGAGGGCCACGUUCGCGCCGGCUUCGACACGCGAGGUGCGGACGAUGGCAACGUCGAGACGGUCGCCACUCCGAAGCACGAGCAGCAUGCAAGGCAUCACUCAAUCGACCAGGUCAGUCGGCUCGACGACCGACUCGAGUCUCUCUCACUCAGGUCAGUCGUCCCCAGCGAGGAGGAUGAUGCCCUGGAUGCCGGCCGCGGUGUGUCUCCCUCGACUUCUCGAUCGGACCCCAGGCUCGAGGUCGCCUCAAUCCACUCGUCUGUUCAUUCGUCGGGCUCGAGCACUCUCAAGGCAGGCCGCUUCUUCGCACCUACGGGUCGCCCGACGGCUGUCGGCAAGCCCGAAGUGGCAACCUCGCAGCCCGGCCGUCCACCAGCGGUCAAAGCGCUGCCCAACGCCUCGAGGGACCAGCCGCAGGACCACUCGCAAGAUCAGGAGGACCUGCUCGGGCCACUACCCAACAAUCAAGUCAGCGGCGGGCGCACCAGCCUGACGCAACACCGGGGCAGCUCAUCCACCACGAUCGGCAGUGUGCAGAACGCGCGGAGGGAGAGCGUCGCCAGCCGCCACACGGUCUCCAGCGGCCACUUUAGCGAAGGUGUCCUGUCAGAAGACGCCCUGUCCGCUCUCGAGGCCGAGGUGGGCCAGGCGAGGCGGGCAGAGGUGAUCGCCCUCGGCAAAGGUCGGGUCACUGACUGGGUCGGAGACAGCUCGCGCCUCGUCGCCCGUCACGAGGGUCCCACCUUGUCUCGCAGCGGCUCAAUGAGGCGUGUUGGCAGUCAGGGCGCAUCGAAAGGCCGGCUUGCCGAUGGGCCGAAGCCUUUGGGACGUCGCGAGAUGUCGAGGCAGGUCGAGAUGAGCCACCAGCUCGGAGAGCGACUCCACCGCCUCGCGGUCGAGAGCGGGCAGCUGCCGGACGACGAGCGAGAGGAGAACGGCCCGCUCCGCGACAUUCCAGACGAAGCUUCGAGCGAUGGUGCUCAUCGACCGGAUUCAGGGCCGCAAGCAGUCGAACGCGCAAGCGCCGCACCAGCGGCCAAGCCCAAUGCGGCCGUGAACGUGGCAUCGCAGUCGGACGACCACGCUGCAUUUGACUUCGCCACCAUCGCCCGACAGCCGCACCAGACCAGGUUCGCCCGCCUGUCGGCGUUUCACGACCGCAAGCUGCCGCCCAUCGCCACCGACGCGGCCGCUCGCCAGCCAGCGUCCUCGAGCACGAUGCACGUCCAGGACGAAGCCAUUCGGCUGGGCCGAGCCCCGUCAAAGAGGGUGAGACGCUUCGCCGGCGAGGCCAAGAGUCGUGGCGAGGCCGUCAUGGUCGACCGCUCGCCAUCAGCAAGGAGAGGUGGACAUCGGCAGCAGAGCUCGACAAGCGAGGGUACCAAGGCUAUGGCGCCCGAGGUCAGGACAGCAGAAGCGGCAGAGCCGAGAGCACAAGCGGGUGCAACAGUCGACGUCGAACGGCCGAUCGAGCCUGUCGACAUGGACGAGACGCCACGGAAGGUCUCCGGGCCCGCCGCCGUCAUCGAUCCGCGGCUGCUUUCGCUGUCGCACGGCACGCGCCGGUCGCGGAGCGAAGCGUCCGAGAGCACGCGGGCCAGCGACAUCGGCGCAUCGUCGGUCCCCAUCUCGGCAGCAGCAACAGCUGCUGCUGCUGACACGACUUCGGCGUCAGCAACAGCGCCGACGGGUGCGGCAUCGGAAGAGGUGCGCCGUUCCAAGGACAGCUCGAAGUCCAGCCGGUCGAUCCACCGCGAUGCGACGCGGACGGCGCCGCAGAACGACUCGCCGUCGGCACGACAGCUGCCGGCCAAUCUGACGACCGAGGAGGCGAUCCUGGCCAAGCAAAGGGAGCGGAUCGAGCGCGAGAGGCGGCACCGGAGGCGCGAGGAGCGCAAGCAGCUCGAGCAGCAGCGGAGGUACGCGCUCAAGAAGAAGAGCGACCCGUUGCUCGCCACCCGGCUGGCACUCGUCGGUCUCCAACCUGGUAGCGAAGAGCUUCCAUCGACCGCGAAGAGCCGCACCGCUCUACCGUGCGACGAGGGCCUCGCAUCCCGCCCUCCUGUUUCCGCAGCCGACCUGGCAUCCCGGCCUCGACACACCGCCGCUGACACCGACACGGCCUUUCUAGUGACUUCGCCGACGCGGCAGACGUUCUUGAUGGGCCAGGAGCCCUCAUCGAACGACCCGUAUCUUGGCAAGCCAGCAGCACACGCUUCAUCGGCGGCCGGAUCGAGCAGCUACAGCUACGACCAGCCGCAGCACCCUCGCUACCUGUCUGCUCACACUUCGCGCCACGACUCUUUCGUGGGCUCGGUAAUGAGCUUCCACACGGCCGAGUCUGGCUCGAGCGGUGGCGUCGACGAGGAUGGCCACGAUGUCGAUCUCGUGGGCAACAGCGUGGACAGCGCCCAGACCACAUCGACCAAGCCGCGAGACUCGGCAGGGGAGGCGACGGCGACGCAGCCGGCUCGGCCUCCGACAUCGGCGUCGCUCAAGACGAUGAACAGCAUCGCGUCUAGCCUGACGGUGGACUUCGAGUUCCCAGUCCCGCCGCAGCGGCUGCGGGAACAGCUGAGCGACGACGGCACGCUCCUCAGUCGUGCUGGUCUGCGCGAGUCCCUUUGGGACUCGCCCUACGAGGCGCGCCUCCUCGGCGAGCAGAUGCGGCACCCGCACUCGCACCCGCACGCACAUGCCCACUCGCACUACCACUCCCCCUCGGACUCGCUGGGGCUGUGGACGGAAGCGGCGUCGUCGACGAUGCCCACGACGGCAGCGAGCUGGGCGGCGGGCCCUUCGCCGCGCAGCCAGCACGCAGCGGCUCCUUGUUCCUCGUCGUCGGCGACGAGGGGUGGCAAAGAGGUGGCGCUUCGACGAGCCAAAUCGGUCGGGUACCACGAUCCGCGGCUGUCGCCCACGGCUACCGAGGUGCCUGGCCGGUCUGGCGUUGGGUCGAGGUAUGCCGGCGGCUCCUCGGAGGGUCUAGGCAUCCGCAGCGUCGGCCUUGUCGACGAGCGGCCGUUGCCAUCUGCCUAG